UGGUCAGGCAGCAGAACAGCUUUAUCUGUAAGUUUUCUUGCUUUCUUUAUGGUGUACCCUCCUCCCUCCCUCCCUCCUCCUGCCUCUUCUUCUCCUUUCGCAAUAAUGAUGAUGAUUCCAUAGCCUUCCCCCUCCCCUCCUCUUCCCCCUCAUAGGCCCUCCUUCCCUUCUUAAACUGCACACCUCAACCUUCUUUCUCUCUCUUCUUUCUCUCUCUCUCCCUCCUGCUCUGUGUGGCAUAUUCUCUCUCUCUCUCUCUCUUCCCUUGUGGAAGCGAAAUCUGUGCAAAAACGCAGGAGGGUUGCAGCAGAAAGUCUUGCAUCCAUCUCUGAUCCCAAUAUUGCCUUUGCCCCUCUCUUCCCUUCCCUCAUGCACACACCUUUAACGAGAAAACUGUCUUCUCGUUCUUUUCGUCGUCAUAAUAUUCACAGUCCAUUAUCAAGAUAGUUCCCCAAGACAACCCUCUCUCUCUCUCUCUUACUCUCUUUCUCUCUCUCUGUGGUCCUAUCUCUUUCUUUCUUGAAAACCCUCGUCACUCCUCUUCCUUGCCACAAAUAAAAAGCACCCGACUUUCUCCACGAUACCCUUUAAGGCCUUUAAUUUCCCCUCCCCAUCUUUCUUUUCACUGGUGACUUACACAUCCUCCUAAGGCUUCGACAGAUUCUCUUGUACGACGCGCAGUAGACGAAGUAACAUAGCCCACCAUAUGCAAGAGCCGAACUUGGCCAUGAUGGGCGGCGGUGGUGGCGGCGGCGGCGGGGGCGGGGGAUCGUCGGUGGCGGCGGCGGGGGCUGGGCAGCGAGGCCUCAAGGGGGAGAUCGCCAGCCACCCGAUGUACGAGCAGCUGCUGUCGGCCCACGUGGCGUGCCUCCGCGUCGCGACCCCGAUCGACCAGCUGCCGCUGAUCGACGCGCAGCUGGCGCAGUCGCACCACCUCCUGCGCUCCUACGCCUCCUCGGUGCAGCACGGCCACAGCAGCCUCUCUCCUCACGACAGGCAGGAGCUCGACCAUUUCUUGGCACAAUAUCUGGUGGUACUAUGCAGCUUCAAAGAGCAGCUGCAGCAGCACGUUCGAGUCCAUGCCGUUGAAGCCGUCAUGGCCUGUCGUGAAAUCGAAAACACCCUCCAAGCUCUCACUGGAAUGAGUUUGGGCGAAGGAACCGGCGCAACAAUGUCGGACGAUGAGGAUGAGUUGCAAAUGGAUUUCUCAUUGGAUCAAUCCGGUGCUGAUGUUCAUGACCUGAUGGGAUUCGGUCCACUCCUUCCAACUGAAUCCGAAAGGACUUUGAUGGAGAGAGUCCGCCACGAAUUGAAGAUCGAACUCAAGCAGGGUUUCAGGUCAAAAAUAGAGGAUGUUAGGGAGGAGAUACUACGGAAAAGGAGAGCCGGAAAAUUACCCGGCGAUACUACUUCUGUGUUGAAAAAUUGGUGGCAGCAACACUCAAAGUGGCCAUAUCCAACUGAAGAUGACAAGGCGAAACUUGUGGAGGAGACAGGAUUGCAGCUGAAGCAAAUAAAUAACUGGUUCAUCAACCAACGGAAGCGAAACUGGCACAACAAUUCCCAAUCGGUCACCUCCUUGAAGUCCAAGCGCAAGAGGUAGGCGCAACGGACCAUCAUGCUUGUCUUUGUGCCGCUAACUGAAACACGAAACUUAUCAAUCGGUAUUGACUCUGAUAUAACCUUCUGAUCGACUGGGGGUAUACUUUAUAGCUAGAGCUGAACACUUGUGGUGGUGGAUCAAGCAGUGAUGGUAAGUAGAUGAUUCAUUAUGGAAUUAGGGCCUGUAACAAAUGAUGCAAAUUCCAGUAGAUUACAUACACAAAACCCAGAAAAUUGAUGUCUUUUUGUUUGGUUAGAAGUGCUUCUGUUGCCUAAUCUCUCUUGUAUUUAGGCCCAAAACAAACAACAUGUUGAUUUGUUUUCUGUUUUUAUAAAAUUGUUGUUUUUGGCAGUGAUUCAAGCCGCAAUUCUUUUC